AUGAAUACUGGCAACGUUCCUAAGUGCGCAGAAGUACUUGAAGUUAAAUUUCCAGCACCUGGUCCUAAAUCAUUGCCACCAUCGGGUGAAACUUUUAGCGACGUGUUUAAUAUGACUGCUACAGCUAUGGAGCAGCUCUUGUUAGAUAUGAAGGUGAAGGGUCCCUGUUGGCUUGAAAUUAGGAAUUACGUUAAAUCUGUGCCUCAUGUUAGCUAUUCGUCUUAUGAAUUUACUGUUGAUAUGGAGAAAAAGGAAUCAAUUAUUGCCGUGAAUUAUGACGAUCCACCUCCAGCUUUACAAUUGUUGGCUCUAAAUAUUUGUACUGCUCCAAAUCAAAAUAAAGAAAAUGAGAUAGUGAUGAUUUCUUAUUUGGUGAAUAAAAAAUGCUGCCUUCAAGAUCCAUCGGCUUUAAAGAGUGAAUUGGAGCGAUUUUGUUUUAUUUUUUGCCCAUUUUUUUCAGUGAUUUCAAAGCCUUCUCAGUGCACAAUUCCUUUCGACUUGAGAAACAAACUGCAUCAAGAAAAACUGGAUAUAUAUGUUGCAGAGACAGCAAACGAGAGGCAUUUGCUAAGCCAAUUUUUAUGCAAAUUACAAUCUUUAGAUCCAGAUAUUUUAGUGGGCCAUGACUUACCAUUGCAAUUAUCUCUUUUACUUGCUCGAUUAGAUAAAUUAAAAAUCACUCAGUGGUCGCGAAUAAGUCGGUUGAAGCGGUCGAUACCUAUUAAGAUGCUUGGGCGUUCUAAAUCAUCGAAUUGGGAGUUAACGGCUGGCCGACUUCUGCUUGAUAGCAGGUCAUCAGCAAUGGAGUUGAUCAAAGCGAGGAGUUAUGACUUAUACGAACUUUCCUUAAAUCUCCUAAAUAUCGAUGGAAAUAUCGAUUUUAAGAGUGUUGCAUCUUGCUACUCGAAUUCAAAAACUUUAAUUAAUUUUAUAAUAAAAAAUUGGCAUGAUGUUUGGCUUUCAUUGGCAAUACUUAUUGAACUUAAUGCUCUUCCGCUUUUUAUUCAAAUAACACAAAUAGUUGGUGGUGUUUUGUCGCGAACGUUAAUGGGUGGUCGAGCUGAGCGCAGUGAGUUCUUACUUUUACAUGCCUUUCAUAAUGCAGGAUACAUUGUGCCUGAUAAAUAUCAAACUACUUUAAAUGGACGAAAAAAAGGACGCCUAGAAGUCGAUAAGGAAGCUGGCGAGAAAUCAGCAAGGAAUUUAAAUAAAAAAGGAUAUCUUGGAGGUCUAGUCUUGGAGCCAAAAAGAGGGCUUUAUGAUACAUAUAUAUUGCUAUUUGAUUUUAAUAGUCUUUAUCCUAGCAUAAUUCAAGAAUAUAAUAUAUGUUUCACAACAGUUGAUCUUUCCGCUACUGAAACCGAUUUUCCUGAUUUACCUCAAGAAUCUAUGGAAGGGAUUUUGCCUCGUGAAAUUCGAAAUUUAGUUGAACGACGCCGUGAAAUUAAAAAAUUAAUGACGGAGACGAGAAUAUCGGAACAGCAGCGACAACAGUAUCAUAUUCGCCAGAUGGGACUGAAAUUGAUUGCCAAUAGCUUAUAUGGUUGCCUUGGAUUUCCACAAUCGCGAUUUUAUGCUAAACCAUUAGCAGCCUUAAUAACACUACGAGGGCGAGAGAUUUUGAUACACACUAAAGAUUUGGUGGAAAAACAUGGUUACUCAGUGAUAUAUGGUGAUACAGAUUCGAUAAUGGUCGAUACGGGAUUAAUCAAUUUCGAAGAAGUAAAAUUAGUUGCAAAUCAGAUUAAAAAGCUAGUUAAUAAAUGCCAUAAAAAACUGGAGCUAGAUGUAGAUGGAAUUUACAAGAAAUUACUCUUACUGAAAAAAAAGAAAUAUGCUGGUUUGUCAGUUGAAAAAAAUGAUGAGACGAAAAUAAAACGUGAAAUAAAAGGUCUUGAAGUUGUUCGACGUGAUUGGUCCUUAUUAGCCAAGCAUGUCGGCAAGUAUGUCUAUUAUUAUUUGAUUUUAAAUCGAUUUUUGAUAGAAAAGGUAUUUUCCAGUGAAAUUGUCGACUUAAUUCUACAUUCCAUUGGUCGUGAUGAAUUAGUAGAACAGAUCAAUGAAUGUCUAACUAAUCUUCGCGAAAAUUUGAUGGCUAACAAAGCCGAUAUUGCUCAAUUCGAAAUUUCAAAGCAGUUGACAAAGGAUCCAAAUGAAUAUACUGAUUUCAAAACACAACCACAUGCUGCUGUUGCUAAUCGCUUAAAUGACACUGGAUUAUAUCAUUUCCAUCAUGGUGAUAUAGUCGAGUACAUUAUUUGUGAGGAUGGUACUAGCAAUUCACAUUUGCAGAGAGCGUAUCAUAGAAUGGAACUUGAAAACAACUCGGAGCUAAAAAUUGAUUAUCAGUAUUAUCUCGCUUAUCAAAUUUACCCGGUUGUUAGCCGGCUUUGUUCACCUAUUGAAGAAAUCGAUUGCGUUAAAUUAGCAGAAGCACUCGGUCUCGAUUCGUCAAAAUAUCGUACACAAAUUUCGAAACCAGUUGAAGCUGACAUUAUUGGCUCACAAACGCAUGACUAUAGUGAAUAUGGACAUUGUGAUCCAUUUAUAUUUAUUUGUCCAUAUGCCAGCUGUAAAAAAAAAAUAAUUGUUCGAGAUAUAUCAGUGGAAAAGAAUGAUCAUCUUCGUUUAUGGUUAGAAAGAUGUCCUUCAUGCGACGGAAAACUGUUAACUUACAGCGCAUAUAUCGUAAAUCAAGCUCACUUUGUAUGCGAUGAUAUUACUUGUGCAUUUCGAAGUCGGCGUUGUCCAGCCAAUUGGUCCAAAGAAGGAAUUAUAUGUCCAAAAUGUUCUAAUGGAUUAAUGAAACGAGAGUAUUCAUCGAAGAUGCUAUUCGAGCAGCAGUCAUUUUACCGUGCAUUCAUUCAAGAUACAAAGGAUUUAAAGGGUUCUUUACAGGUUAAAACACGGUUGGCAUCAACAGGAGAUUACAUUGAAAUCAAAAAUUUGUGCAACAAAAUUUUGGCAAGAUGUGACCGUUUUCUUUCUUUAAACGAUUUCAAUCGUGUUUCCUUAGCUUAUUUGUUUUCAAGUAUGCGAACUUAG